AUGUCGGACAUGAAGACUGAAGGCCCGCAAUGGUGGGUGCCCCAACAAGGCUGCCGUGGAGGGGACGUCGGGCGGACUGGGGGCGCCCCGGGGCCAGUCAUCCGCACCCGCGAGGCUGCAGCGCAGAGUCUGAGGGGGAAGCCAACUAACCACUCGCUGGAGGAUCACGGAGGGGGGAGGGAGAGGGUUGGCCUCCUCCUCUCGAAUCACUACCUCAGACGCAAGCCAAACCUACAGGAGCUGAAGAGUCGCAUUGCUCGGAACUCGGCUCGGCUUACUGCAGAGCAGCGUGUUGAUUUACAACACUGUGGGACGGUCCCUAACUCAACUGGAGCAUCUGGUGACUCCAAAACUCCGCACAAAGUAAAGCGGGGAAUAUCAGGAUUAGAUCUGUACGCGGAAGAUCGCAAACGGGACCCGGUCUCUGCAGCAAUGCUCACGGCUCGCUCUGACCGACUGAACGUGUUUGUUGAGGAGCUGACAGCCGUGCCUUUUGUCAACGGAGUGCUCUUCUGUAAGAUUCGCCUCAUUGACGGCGGGGACUUUGCCAUCUUGUCAUCCAGGGAGGAGGUGCAACAGAACUGCGUCAGAUGGAGCAAGAAGUUUUCAUUUAUUUGUAAAAUGAGUGCAAACACCAUCACUGGUGUGUUGGACCCCUGCAUUUGUAGAGUGUCUGUGCGCAAGGAGCUUAAAGGAGGAAAAUCCUUCUCAAAGAUUGGUUUUGCUGAUCUCAACAUUGCAGAGUUUGCUGGCUCAGGCUCUACAGUCCGCUGCUGCAUCUUGGAAGGCUACGACACCAAAAAUACCCGACAGGACAAUUCGAUUCUAAAGGUGACAAUUGGGAUGAGCCUUCUCUCCGGGGAUCCUUGCUUUAAAACGCCUUCGAGCACGGCUAAAACGUUGUCUAUAGGACGUGUGGACCAAUCCCUGCAGCUGGACUGUAAGGGGGAAACCUCUCCAAUGUCUCCUUUCGGGGGCAUUGUUGAGGGCAGUCGCCACUUCAAACCAAGACAAUCCUCAGUUCGUAGUCUAGGAAUGCCUGAGGAUGGAGACGCCACGUCCACUCAGGAGGACGGCCUCCACACUCGACAUGUUCGCAGCUCAAGUUAUGCCAGUCAACACAGCAAAAUAUCAGGCUACAGCACUGGCCACUCUCGGUCCUCCAGCCUGACUGACCUGAGCCACCAGAGAAAUGCCUCGCUGAGCAGCAGUGCUUCUUGUGGUUUGAACCAGCCCUCCACUCCCACUGAAGCGCGCAGACUGGCCUCUCCCACCAAACCUGAGCGCCCACCCCCACCCUCAGCCACUGCCCUCAGCAGGUCCUCCAGGAGGAAAAAGGUCCAAGUGGAGAAGCAGCACAGUUGUGUAGACGACACUCGAAUAGAUGCUGAUGACAUCGUGGAGAAGAUUGUCCAGAGUCAAAACUUCUCUGACUGCAGCAACAACGAAGACAGCAACUUGAGAUUAUUUGUGAGCAAAGAUGGCACCACUGCAUUGAGUGGGACUCCACUCAGCAACAGAGUGACUCCAGGUAUCUUCGAGCCGGUGGUGAUUGAGUCUCGCUGA